AUGUCGUACUGUGAGCGGGAAUACUGUGUGAACGUUACAGACAUAUUACUGAGUCGUCUGCCAGAAGACCAUAGCUCGUGGCCGGGGGACGAACUACUACAGUAUAUGCAUGAUACAUACAAUGUCACUGACGAGUUUGUGGAAUACCUGAAAGUGUGCUACGAUUAUAUCGACAGAGAAGAAUUCAGUGAAGAGUUUCUUGACUGGUUAAACCAAUGGCUGUUUGGGGAGUAUGGAUGCGACAAUCCACGCUAUACGUUUUCAAGCUGGCUGGGAUUUAGUUUGAUGCCUGCUAUUGACUGGAAAGGCAAACAUAGGCCUGCCAAACUCAAAAAACGACACCAUGAUUAUCUAUAUGUCAAGAAUUUACUCCGCCCUCCACCAGAAAAACCUAAGAAAGAGACGAUUCGCAUGAAGAUUAGAAAUAUAUUAUAUAAGAAUGUGCCUGGUUUUAAAUAUUCGAGGAAAUUGAUAAGCACACUAGUGGUCUGUGCAAUUGUACUGUUUCAGGUGAGUUUCAUCCAGUAUGCGGCAGUUGGUACUUCCCUUGAGUAUGGAUGUUACGAGUUCUUUUCCGAAGGGGGCGAAGGAGAAGAGUUUUUUGCUUCUAUAAAUAAGUCAGAUCUGUACGAAGAUGCCAGGGAGAUAACGUGUACCAUUUACCAUACAUUUAUGUGGUCAGCGUAUGUCACAGUAGUCAUCUAUUACGCAUAUUUGAUACAUAUGGUUCCAGUUUACAGGAGAUAUAUGUUGCAAAUGUAUCGAGGAGAUAAGUCUUUUUGGCCCCCUAACUUACAGUCCAAUGUGAACCUUCUGGUUUCCAGUCUUAAGUAUUCCGGAUAUCAAAUAGCUUAUGUGCUCUGGGGGUACAUCAUCACACAGCUGAUACUAUGGGUCAUAUUAUUCGCUGUAGUUUACAUGAUAAUCCUAGCUAUUCAGGAUGACAGGAGCUCUUUACUUCUCACCCUGGUAGCAGAAUACUGGUUUUCCGCCGUGUUUGCUGUGUUUCUUUACAUCUAUCAGAUUCUUGUCACAAAAUAUAUUUUUCUUCUUGAAUACGGCAAUGUUCUCGGUUUGAAUAACAGGAGACUGUUUCACAUUGUCAACUACCUCCUUUUUUUCUUCAAUGUUAUACUUGGGCUGUUUUCGUGUUUAUUCCGUAUUCUUAAAUCUAUGAUUUUUGGCGUACUGUUUUUGGGACGAACCGAUAGAUGUUUACUAAUGAAAGGGUUUGAAACUUUUGACACAGGUUUUACGGCUUACAUGGGUUUUCUGAAGGUCGAAGAAACUCACAUGCAUCCGGUGCUAGUGACAUUUUGCGAUAUACUAUUGACGCAAACUCCGGUACUGACGUCCAACCUGCCAGUGAAUCGGGAUGACAGUAACAAUGACGACAAACGUGUAUCGAAACUUUUUUCGAGUCGCCGCAACAAGAAUACGAUGGUGACAGAAGCUGAUCUGGAAAUUGAAAGUUUGGUACAGGCCUAUCGCAGUUGCAAAGUCGCUCGAAACCGUUGGUUCGUCGCGUACACUUUGGUUAGAAACCCUUCUGUGGUAUCGCAUCGAUCUCCCGUUCCAUUACUGCAAAAAAUGAUGGCUCGUAGUGACGAUAAGUGA